GGCGCGGAGGCCACACCCAUCGGCGAGCCGCUCCGGGCGCGAGUCGUCGGCGCCGCGCUGAGCUCCGCCCGCACCGAGCAGCGGGACCCGGGCCGCACCGGGAGGGGCGCCGCGACCAUGAUCGCUUUGUUCAACAAGCUGCUGGACUGGUUCAAGGCCCUGUUCUGGAAGGAGGAGAUGGAGCUCACGCUGGUCGGGCUGCAGUACUCGGGCAAGACCACCUUCGUGAACGUGAUCGCGUCAGGACAGUUCAACGAGGACAUGAUCCCCACUGUGGGUUUCAACAUGCGCAAGAUCACCAAAGGGAAUGUGACCAUCAAGCUCUGGGACAUUGGGGGCCAGCCCCGAUUCCGCAGCAUGUGGGAGCGCUACUGCCGAGGAGUGAGCGCCAUCGUGUACAUGGUGGACGCCGCUGACCAGGAGAAGAUCGAGGCCUCCAAGAAUGAGCUCCACAACCUGCUGGACAAACCCCAGCUGCAGGGCAUCCCGGUCUUAGUCCUGGGUAACAAGCGGGACCUCCCGGGAGCAUUGGACGAGAAGGAGCUGAUUGAGAAAAUGAAUCUGUCUGCCAUCCAGGACCGGGAGAUCUGCUGCUACUCCAUCUCCUGCAAAGAGAAGGACAACAUUGACAUCACCCUACAGUGGCUUAUUCAACACUCCAAGUCGCGGAGAAGCUGAGGCCGCGGCCCUCUCCCUGGGACCAGGACCACAUCCUCCAGACCUGACGCCGAGCUCCCCGCCCACCCCGCCACCCCCCGAGCCCUCCCCUCCUCACUGGGUGUGGGGCGGGGCCUCUGGGGAUCCCAGAGUCCUGUUCUGCUGAGGUUGCAACUCCUGAUUUUAUUGUAAAGUAAACCGAUCCCAUUCUGCUCCC